CUUCAGGUUUUUACGUUAAGGUGUAAAAUCUUCAGUCUUCGUGGUUUCUUAAGUUCGAAGAAACGGGUUUGAUCUCGCCUUCAAAAUGCGCAACUCUUUCGCCUUCGUGUUACUGUUUGGAAUUUUUCUGAAAUGCCAGUGCGAAGGACCAGCGAGUUUUAGAGGGUAAGUUUUUGAGCAACAAUUAAGUGUCAGAAAAGUGGGAGGAAAACAACAUCUCGAAUACAAUGCCAGCAAUUUUGAAAUUAAUGAAAAGUAAAGCAAAACAAGAAUCACAAAUAGGUUAUUUUCGUAUUGAUCAACUUGUUUUGAAAGACUGGGAGGCUGUAGGUUAAAUGUGAGUCUCUGAAAAGGGGGGAAACACCGCAUUCCAAGCUUCUUUUUUUAAAGAUGCCCUUUUCGCUAAGACCUCUUCUAACGAUAAACGAGCUUAUUUAUUUAAUAAGGAACUUGUAUCCGGGCAGAUUAAAUCAAGGGUCUAAAUAAGGGCAGGUUUAAACAAGUUUAAGCCGCAGUGAGGAUAUUGGCAAGAUGUUCGCCUUUUUUCGAUAACGAAUUAUGGCGUCCUUGAAUAUUGUGGUAAUAACCAAAUUUUGUACAGAAUAUAGUUCUCGAUGCUCAUGUCUUGGCAACCGCGUAGCCUAGCUCUGACUGUUGAUAUUUACUGAUUUUUCUGUUGCUGUGUGAGUGGUAUAAAACCCACUUUGUUACGUUUAGACAGUGAUUCUUCAUGAUACCUUAUUCUUAGCUGCAAUGCCGUUGCGUGAUUCAUUCGACAUAGUUAAUCUUGAGUGGGUAAAUUGUCACCCGAAUCGAAACCGAUCUCACUGUUGAGAAGCAGUAGGUGGUGGGUUGGGGGAGGGGAAAAAGGGCAUGGGAGGAGAAAAUGAGAUAACGACUUUCAAAAUCUUGCCGGGGCAAAAUGAAUAAGCAUCCUUUUACACUUAACACAUUCUAAGGUAACAUUGUGAAUUAAGAGUCAACUUAGUUGAUCGUUGUUUAAUAGCUAGAAGACUGGCAAGUGGCAUUUACGCCAGCUGAUCGACAAGCGACUUUAAUCAUUUGUUCGUGAAACGCUUGUAACAAAAACGUCAAAUUAGCUCUUAAAACACAGCGCCUGAAAUGUGCCUUGUGUACUUCUCCAAAUCUCUCAGCACUUAAAAAGUGUACCCAAAGGUUCACGCAGGAGAAACCAGGAUUUCGUGACUGUGCUGUCAGCCAGCUGUAUGUUUUUUUUUUCCUAUUUAGAGAUCGAGUUGUUCGUGCAACUCCAAAAAACAAGGCCCAAUUACAAUACCUCGUCAGUCUUGAAGACAAAGCCGAUGUAAGUAUGACAAGCAUAUUUGAACACAUUUAGCAAUACAGGUUUUUUAAUUUAUAGUUUGGCUAUCAAGGUAACUCAAGAUUUUGUAAACAAACUUUGUCUUUGUUAGGAGCAAAAUUAUUAACUUCAGCAAAUUCCAUGAUUAUUAGAGAGAGCUCUACUUCAAAUGAUAUUAAGUUGAACUAAGGCCUAGGUCAAACUUCGAACCGGCUUUUCAUAUUAAAAACACAAACCAAACUCCAAUUUAGGUCGACCUAAAUUUAGUUCAGAUCGUCUUAAGAUCUUCAGACGUCUAACUUGGGACGCGUCUAGCCAAUCAACUGAAUCAGACCAAAAAGCAAUUUUAAUCCCCCCCCCCCCACUGAACGAGGCAUUAUACAUUAUCGUACAAACGUUUAAUAUUAGUUUAGUUCGUCGCAUGUGAGGAUCGAGGUUUGUCCCGGCCCGGUCCUAAGACGUUCUAUCCUGCCUGAAGAAGACGGUUUGGCCUGGGCCUAACUCGAUAAAGUAGCUUACAGGGAACGGAAUUUACAAAUGUUAAAUUGAAUGAAAAAAAAAAUUACAAUGCAAGCUAUUUUCACAUAUGGCCUCAUACACAAUCAUGUUUGCCGUUUAGGCGGUAUUCAUAGAGAGGACGCUUCCUCUAAAACGAUCAGACCUGCACCUUAAAGCUGUCAAUGCAAGCGUCAUGGAGUUUCUAACGAAGUAGUCAUAGAAGUUUACUCUCUUCUUAACCUUCACUGGCCAAAAUCUCUGUUUUAGGUCAACUUAGAUUUCUGGACGCACCCCUCCCAGGAAGGAGCACCUGUUGACAUCCACAUCACAAAAGCGGAAUACCCUAAACUCGCCAAGCAACUACAUGCUGAAGGGAUAACUUUCACGAUUCUCAUAACAGAUGUACAGACCCUAUUGGACAAUGAAAAUCCACCUUCCCGCUCUGAACGGGCUGGGUUUGACUACGGUCGCUACAAUCAACUCAAGCAAGUAAGGAAAAAAAUAUAUACUGAACAUAGUACGGUAGAACGUCUUAAAUGCCAUGACUGUCUCGGACGAUGAAGAGUUUUAAAUUUUAAAAUCGAGAGAUUGUAUGGUGGGGAUCCACGUUAUUAUAUCAACUAUUACGAUUAUAAUCUUUGGUUAUAAUUAUAACUGAAUCCUUUUUUGCAUAGCCUGUAAUGUGGAUGAAUUAUUUGAGCGAGCAAAAAGCUGCUAAUCUUCAUUUGUACUGAGUCUGUGGCCGCAAUUCUUUGGUAGGAAUAGACCGUAUUCCCGAUACCCGUCAUCCUUGCUCUCGCUUUAGGACUGAUGGGAUAAGAACAAUAGGGCCAUUUAUACGAGGAAAAAUGAGACGCGUCUUACAUAAGACGCGUCUUAAAUAAGACGCGUCUUAAAUAAGACGCGAACUUUCCGUAUAAACGGCACAUUUCGUCUAAAAUAAGACGCGGCUUAGCUAAGACGCGUCUUAUUAGAUAAGACAUGCUCGUAUAAAUGGUACAGUUCGCGUCUUAUUUAAGACGCGUCUUAUGUAAGACGCGUCUUAUUUUUCCUCGUAUAAAUGGUCCUAAUGUCACGUGCAUGCUUUCGUAGCGGGGCAAACAAGUGACAUGACUUUCCAAUUCAAAAAUAUUGGGGUCGAGUUGGUUUAUUCGGGACAAAAGAAAACGAAGAACUUUGUACCUUAAAGACGAUAAUGGCAAGUUAUGGGUGGUCAUUGUUCCUUUUUUCGGAUGCAAUAGCAACCGCAGAUAUCCUCGCCACUAGCAAAACUUCGGUUAUGGAACUUUAUGAACAGCUCUUACCAAUCUCACAAAUCCGAGUUUAUGUUGGUUGUAAGAGCUGUACUUCAGACCAAAUUAACACCAUGUGCAGAAUGUGCGGUAAGGUAUUUUACCAGAAAGCCUUGCUCACGUCUUGGUGGUAUGUUCAUCGCUGGCGCAGGAUAAAUAUAUGGACAGGCAUAAUGAUGCACGAAAAGUGCUGUUCUUUGAAAUGCUGAGGGACCUCAAGCUUGCCGACUCUGUUUGGCCUUGGUACUCAUGGGUGGAGCCCAAACCGUUCUACGAGUUAGAAGACGCUCAAGCAUACUGGGAUGUUCCUGUUUAGGCAGAAUACACUUAAGCAUUUCUUGGGAGGUUUUUUUUUUUUUUUUUGCACCAAUGAAGAUUUAACUCGUUAUCCCCUUUUUAGUGUUCAAUUCCUAGAAAGCAGCAUAGUCUACGCUUGGCGCCCUUUGUGGCUAAUUUUCUAAGCAUGCAUACGUUGUUGUUAACUGUUAUAUUGAUUAGAAAUAAAAGUCAGGGUUGUCAUUAAGACCCGGGGGCCGGGGAUUUUGCCCGGCUACUAAGAGAGUGGCCCCCGGCUUCUUUUAUUGCAAAAUAGAAGAAAAAUAGAACCAAAAGAAAUCCCUAGCCGUUUGAUUCCCCGCCUUCUUGCUGUAUUUACCCGGCAACUUGAAAUCUUAGUGACAACCGUGAAUAUUAAAAGGGAAGUGCGUGAGGGACGAUGGGAAGAGGGGAAAGGCUAUUUCUCCUCCCUAUCGUCCCUCGCACGCUUCCUUUUUUCCCUCUCCACAGCUUCCCUACGGCACAAAAAAGAACUACAGCAACGACGACGGCGACGGCUACGAGAACGUCGCUUAAAAAGUGAAGCCGAGCUGCUUCAAACUUUAUCGCGCUUAUUCCAUCUUGUUCAAUUCAUCAAAUGUUGGCAGUUUGUUCUGGAGUUGAAUUCUAAAGGACUGUACCAAAGUUCAGGAAAAGAAAAAGAGUCGUUGCAUUGUGUUCACGUCCUCCACAAAACGUGAAAUUAGGCAUUUUCACGUCGUAGUCGUGCGGUGACGACGAAGAAAUGUACAAAAAAGCGCAAUGCACGUGCAAUAUUGUUAUUUUGCCAAUCUAAACCUAUUGCCUUUUUGCCGCUCUCGUUGCCUUCGUCCUUGGUUAAACUCCCUGAAAAGACCUCUGACGCGGCUGAAAUCGAAGUUGUGGUGGCGGUGAUUAUUGUCUUCUGUAUUCUACAUGCAUAUUACAUGCAGCUCAAGCACAUUGUUAUUUCAGAUUGAGGAAGAAAUGCAAAACUUGGUGUAUACUUACCGAAAUCUGGCGACUAUGGUAACUGAGUUUGGGCAAUCCUAUGAAGGGAGGACGAUUCGUGCAAUAAAGGUAUUCUAUGAAGGAGUCGCAAUUUCUCUAGAGAGUUAAAAAAAAAAAACGGGACAUUAAAAAACUCUCAAAGCAACAUCUAACCAGAGAAUUCUCACUAACCAAGUGAAUAGCCCAUUUCCGAGUUCCAAAAAAUCUCACUCUCAAAACGAGGCCAAGUGCGAAACCUUUGUUGUGAAAAUGAGUUUUAUUUGCAUCAUGAUUAAAAAUCAUUUUCAUAUCAAUGGCUUCGCACUUAGCCUCGCUUUGAAAGUGAGAUUUUUUUGGAGCUCGGAAAUGGCCUAUUAGGCGAAUUCCGAGUUCUUUAUCAAUUUCAAAACGAGGCUAAGUACAAAACCUUUCUUGUGAAACUGACUUCUAUUUGCAUAAGAAUGAAAGAUCAUUUUCCAUAUCAAUGGCUUCGCAAUUGGCCUCACUUUCGUAGAGUCAGGCUUGAGACAAUUCGAAAUGCCCCAUUCUCAUGCUCACGAUUUCCGGGUGUGUAAAUAAUGUCAUGAGGUGCCUGCAAAGCUUAGCAAAGUCUUUUUCUUUUUCUCUCAACAACAAUUAAUGUAUCAGAUCUCCUCCAAUCCUGGAGCCGGGAGGAAAGUGUUUUUCUUCAACUGUGGUAUUCACGCUAGGGAGUGGGUGACACCUGCAACUUGUAUGAUCAUUCUUAAACAGGUUUGUUAGACUGUAUCGCUAUUUAUGUUUUCAUUUUAUGUCGCACAUUUUCGGGAUUUGGGGAAUCAGAAGAUUCAGGUAGGUAUGGAAUUAAAAAUGGGACGACUCUUUACUUUGUAAAGUUAAAUUAAGCAAUGUGAAAAUUCAUUUUAGGGUGACCUUAAGUUAAAAGGCUUGUAAGGUAGAUGCAUAAACAGAGCUACUAAGUUGGAAUCGCGAAAAUCACAUUUUCCCAAAAGUGACUAGGAUGGGGUCGACUAUUUGGCCACAGAAUGGACUUUAAUUUGUUAGGUGUUCUGAGAGGCCAGCAGCACAUACCCAGUAAGAAUUAGUAUAGGUAAUACCAUUAUUUGUAGUGAUAUUUGGCAUAAAUACCACGAGUGAUAUUUUAAAAUUGUUAUACGUAAUUUCACGAGCCGUUAGGUGAUUUAAAUUUGAGACAAUUUUGAAAUAUCACGAGUGGUAUUCAUGCCAAAUAUCAUGCACAAAUCAUGCUAUUAGUUGUUUAUACUACUACCCGCAAAAGCUUUGUAAUUUUCACAUGUAGGUAUUUCAAAUUAAGCUGAAAUACCACUGCACUAAGCCAAUCAAAUUGCAGAAAUUUCUCAUGUAGUAGUAUAACACAAGUAACCCACUCGGGUUUGAUCUUCAGCACGGCGGUUUUCUACCAUGUAAAUGACUGGGUACAGAGGGUCUAGUCAGACUUCACAUACAUAUUCGGGUGGGGGAGACAUGACGUAUUUCUUAUUCACUCAGUCAGAUUCUCUGAUACUGUUGCAGAUGCUGUCCAAAUAUGGCAAAGACUCCUCAGUGACUCAGAUGGUGGACAAACUUGACUGGGUGAUAAUGCCGGUCUUUAACGUCGAUGGUUAUGUCUUUACCCAGCAGGUAAGGCUAAAAUAAUCCAUUUUCACUUGACUGUCGAAAAGUCCCUUUGGUUGGCUAGUGUAUUUACUUUGGUUUUGGUUUUACGACAGUCAAUGAAAAACACUAAAAGGUUUUUCGGAUCCAGACCUUGAGAUUAGGGGGGGGGCCCCCAAAAGGCCCCCGGUCCCCCUCCCUGGACCCGCAACUGCUAAACAAGGUUUGAAUUUGCUUUCUUCAUAGAAGUUGUUUACUGUACAGUCAAAGCCCCCCCCCCCCUUAAUACGGACAAUGGGGGGGGGGGGGGGCAAUUGAAAAUGUCUAUAUACGGGUGUCCGUAUUAAGCGGGUUGAAUUUAGAGAAAAUGUAAGGGUUUUCUUUCCCCCGGAACAAAGCAAACUGUUCAAAGUAAUGAGGUGUCUUUAUCAGGCGGGUGUCCGUAAAGCGGGUUUUAACCGUAUUUCGUUGCGUGAAUUUGCAGAAUCGUAUGUGGAGGAAAACAACAUCACGAAACGCUGGCACCAGCUGUAUGGGAACGGAUCCUAAUCGUAACUGGAACUUCGCCUGGGCAGGUACCCAUAUAGUAACUAAAACAUCGUUCCAUAACUUUAGUGGCUCAUUUUCACUGAAAAUCUGAAAACUCUUCUCGAAGAAAGCUCAUUGCACGAGCUAGACUUGUCCGCGGCGAACAGUCGAGUUCGCAGGUAAUCUCCUCACGAAAGCAGCGCGAAAGAUGCUGGCAUCUGAUUCGACGCAAAAAAACAAUCACAGACAACACCUGCAGACAAGCAUUCGAAUAAGUCGUGGAACUGGUUCGUUAAGAGUAGCAUCCCAGGGGUUCUCCUGCCCGUUCUUUAAAACCUUUCGCUUCGUUUUUCCUGACCCAACUGACCGCCCCUGGGUCUCCGAGGAUGGACUAAGUCCGGAAAAUUUUGCUUGUGGAAUCUGGAAUCCUGGGCUUUGGAACCCUUUGCAGCUCAAGAAAUUCGGAAUCUCGCUAACGAUUGACUGUCAUGUAAUCUACAUCCAGUGCGUGGAAACCGGGAUCCAAAACAGUCUUUGAUUAUCUUAUAUUCAGUUCAGUUCAGUUCUUUUCAGUUUAGCGUUUUGCCAUAAGGAUGUAAAAAAAAAACCAACAAGAAAAUAUAAAUAUCAUUUAAAAAGCUAAUGACGAGGAAGCUCAAGGGAAGCCUCCGGGCUUAUAAGGAAUGGGCUUCCUUAGUUAAAUCAUUACAACAAGACAAAAGUUAUACAUGCAAAAAUCAAUGGCAGAGCUACAGUAAAUCUUAUAUUAGAUAAUCGUGUUAAUCAUAGUUACGCUAAAGAAAGCGAAAGGAAAAAGACUGCGAAAAAAAAAAAGGAAAAUGAAAAGUAGAGGUCCUUUCAUGAAUAUUUGUGAUAAGAGCUAGGAAUGCUUUUCAAUUUACAGCAAAAGGAAGUGGUUAUUAUUGCACGGAGCGAAUAACAACCGACAUUAUAAAACGAGGACAACGCUGUACGUGCAUCACGCUUUCACUGUAAAUAUCAGUGUUAAUGUUACGCCGGGAUUCAAAUUUAAAAGUUAAACGUACUUCCUGUUGUUUUAACUGUAAUUAAUAAACAUAGAUUGCUGGCACACGGACUUCAUGCCCGAUACUAAUGUUUCCUCCUGAACAGGUGUUGGAACAAGUUCGAAUCCAUGCAGUGACACCUAUCAUGGCUCUCGCCCAUUCUCUGAGGUGGAGGUUCGAAACGUUGCUCGAUAUCUGUACAGAAAUCGCAGACGUCUUAUUGGCUAUAUGGAUAUCCACGCUUACAGUCAGUUGUGGAUGACCCCAUGGGGAUAUAAAAGAGCCUAUCCGAGUGACUAUUCAGAAUUGGUGGGUCAAUAUAUAUUGAGCCGACAGUAGGCGUAGUAGCCUGUGUACAGACGUCCCCUCUCCCUCAGAAAAAUAUCUGAGGGAGGCGGGACGUCUGUACACAGGUUAUAGGUGUAAGCGUAUACGGUUUUAACAAUAUACUGUUUCAAUUCCAAAUUAUUUGGUAAGUGCUCUGUUAGCUGAGAGUUAACUUGAAUCAAAAGCGGAUGGAAUUUUACGUUUUUAACACAGCGCAAUAAGUAAUAACCGAAUUUCGAUCGAGCAACUUUUCCCGACCCCUUUCCAACUAAUGACAUCAGUUCUUAAGUAGCAGACGUAAAACCCUCUGGAUGUCACUAACCCCAUUACUAUCCUUGAAACAUGUUAGUUCUGUUGAAAUUUUCCUUUCCGUUUGUCCCAUUUAAUCUUUUCUUUUUUAUUCGCAAACACCUUUUUCCAGUCACAAUCGCAGUAAUUCCAUUUAUUCAUCUAAGCAUAUAAUAGAGACCGCCAUUUUGGCGGGAAAACGUGGUAACCGCCGUCACUCUACUACGAGUUUUAGCGCGAAUGUCGGGCUGGCGAAAACAAGAUAAAAAAUGUUAGAAGUUUUAUCAGUUUGCGAUCGGGAAAGCGCGUAAUCUCCUUCACUAAAGAUAACAGUGCUAACUUUUCUAGCGAAAUAUGGUAAAAUGAAGAAUUCCGGGAUCAAGUCUAUAUUUUGAAAAUGCGCGAAAAAACUUUAAGUCAAAUCUCAGUCGUUCUCGAAGUCGUUCCCAUCCUCGAAUCUAAAGGUCUCUAAUAACAUGUCUGCAACACCCUUGAAAUCGUUCUUUUAUUUGUUAUUCCUAUAGAAGCGCGUAUCUGACGUCGCAGUAAAGGCACUGUAUAAUGAGUAUGGAACAAGAUAUAGAGUCGGUCCCUCGUCGAUCAUUAUCUGUGAGUCAAAUGAAUUUAAAAAGCAGUACAUUACCUCUCACCCAAUCAGAAUUUAAGCAAAUGCCACUGCAUAUUAGCCUGCAGACAUCCAACCUAUCUCACCCAUUUCCUUUGGACAAUAACUACGAAGGUCGAAUCUGGUAUACACGAGACCUAGGCAACUUUGAAAUACCUUUCUAAGCAAAUUCCGCAGACAAACUUUCAUGAGUACCAGAUCUCAUCCCUUUUUUUUUUUUUUUAAGCCAGCGGACUGGGUUCCAAUUUACACCUAGCAAAAGGAGAUAGAGUAUCUUAGCUUCCACUAUUAGAGCCGGUGUUAAUACCAGCUCUCCUCACUCAUCCAUUUUAUUUCAUUCUCUGGCGCCCCCUCAUCCCUAAAUUGAAAAACAAUUGUAAUUUGUUUACCCGCGAAGCACUUAGGAGUUCUUAUGAACUCGUUUCAACGUGUCCGUGCGUUCCAGAUCGAAUUGGAAUUUGGAAGCGUUGGUUUUUGAGGAAAGGGGAAAACCGGAGUACCCUGAGAAAAACCACUCGGAGCAAAGGAGAGAACCAGCAACAAACUCAACCCAUACAUGGCGUAGUCGACGGGAUUUGAACCCGGGCCACAUUGGUGGGAGGCGAGUGCUCUCAUCACUGCACCACCCUUGCUCUCCUUACAUUUUAUGGGCCACCCUCACCCGAGCCUCGCAAGAUUCUGCCUGAAUACUAGUAUUUCUCAUUUUGUAUUAAUCUGGACUGAGUUUUAUUUCAAACUUUCAUACACUACAGUAGAGUUUCAUCCUCCAGUCAAUAAUUCUUGUUACUAUGGAGUUGCUUAUUUGACGACUACACGGUCAACCAUUGCAACGAAAUCACCUUUAUCUUGCGUACACCUCUUUGCUUGUUCAACAGUUUGCGAUUUUUACUUUUCCUUUUUGCUUUAGAUGCUAAUUCAGGAUCAACAAAGGAUUGGGCGUACGGUGUCCUAAGGGUAAAAUACGCAUUUGCCCUGGAGCUUAGGGACACGGGCCGAUAUGGAUUCGCGUUGCCAGCCAAUCAGAUCAUGCCAACUGGGAUGGAAACGUUUGCCGCGAUCAAGGCAAUGGCCAUGGAAUUACAACUCUAAGUUCCUAUCACGAUAAAAUCUGUUGUGUAAAACAGAGCUAAAGAAAUGC